AUGAAAACGAUUUUGUUCAUUAUUUAUAUUUAUUUUAUUUGUUCUUCUAUUCAUGCUGAAUUUUGUCAUACGGAUGAUUGCCGUGGUGGUGAUUGUGAAAUGAUAAAACUUCCAAAUGGAUUAAUAAAGAAAUCUUGUCAUUGUGUUAAAGGUGUAUGUGGUGAUACAUGCCAACGUCUAUGUAAUGCAACUUCACAAUGUGAUGCGAAUCCAUGUUGGUUUGGUGGUACUUGUAUUGAUGUGGCUAAUUUAGAUUUUGUAUGUUUAUGUCCACCAAAUUAUAGUGGAAAAGAUUGUCGAACAUUAAUUUCUUGUAAAUCUGAUAGUUGCCAUAAUGAUGGAACAUGUAUUCAAACCGCUUUUGGUGCUCGAUGUGAUUGUCCUGCAAAUUUUCGUGGUGAUUAUUGUCAAUAUACAACAGCAGUAAAACCAAAUAAAAAAUUACCUCAUGUUGAAUAUCGUCAAUUUGAUGAUGAAACAUUAGCAGCUAUUUCUGGUUUAGGUUCAGCAAGUGCUAAUAAUCAUGUAAAUAAUCAACGUACAUUUGCUGUAGCAGUAGGUAAUCGUUCACAAUUUGUUUUCUGUUUAACAAAUCCAUGUGAAAAUGGUGGAAGUUGUUUUAUAACAAAUUCUGCAACGACAAAAGGAAUUUGUGUUUGUCGUGAAGGAUAUAUAGGUGAUUAUUGUGAAAUUUUGUUUAAUAAAACAUCAAAUGGUGUACGAAUAUAUGGAGGUUUCUGUGCAUCAAAUCCAUGUGUCAAUGAUGGAACAUGUAUUGAAAUUGGAAAUUUAAAUGGUUAUUGUCGAUGUCCAUCUGAACAUCGAGGUCUUUAUUGUGAAUUAGCUGUACGAUCAUUUGGUUGUAAUCCAAAUCCUUGUAAAAAUGGUGGAACAUGUGUUGUAUUAGAAAAUAAUCAAGCACAAUGUUUAUGUACACCGGUAUUUCGUGGUAUAACAUGUAAUCAAUUUAGUUAUAUCCCUUGUGGUGAUGCUACGUGUCAUGGUACACAAGGUGUAUGUGUCGGAAAUAAAUGUGUUUGUAAAACAGGAUUUGCUGGACCGAGAUGUGAUUCAACAGAUUUUUGCUCAGCUUAUCCUUGUCUUAACGGAGGUACAUGUGUUCAAACGAAUGAAGAACCUUAUGGUGGUUGUAGUUGUCUACCAGAAUUUUCUGGUCCAACUUGUAGUAAUAAUCCAUGUAAUCCAUCACCAUGUUUAAAUGGUGGUUUAUGUAUACGUAAAGCAGAUAAUCAAUUUUAUUGUCAAUGUCGAAAUAAAAAUCGUGGUGUUUAUUGUGAACAACAAGAAUGUUUUCCAUCGGAUGCGACUGUUGAAGUUCUUGAUAUUGGAAAAAUUCGAUUAUCUUCUUUAAAAAUUGGUCAGAAAGUUCGAAUUAUUGAUGAUAAUAAUCAAAUUGCUUAUUCACCAAUUAUUGCGUUUCUUCAUCGUGAUCUUGAUGAAGAAACUUUAUAUAAACGUAUUCGUACAAAAAAUGCUGUCAUUGAAUUAUCUGAUCGUCAUUUAAUUUAUAGUCAUAAUAAUGGAUUUAUUUGGGCUGAAAAAUUAAUAAAAGGUGAUGAAAUACUUGUUUUAUCAUCAAAAUAUGCGAAUAAAACAUAUUGGGAAGAAAUUCUUGAUAUAACUGAUGUGAAUAAAAAAGGUCUUAUGGCUCCAUUAACUGAACAAGGAACAAUUAUUGUUAAUAAUGUACAUGCAUCAUGUUAUGCUCUUGUUAAAUCUCAUACAAUUGGUCAUCUUGCAUUAACACCUUAUCGAUGGUAUCGUCGAUUAUUUGGACAAUCAUCCGAUAAUAAUAAUAAUAGUAUAACACCUAUACUUAAUUAUGCGAAUAUACUUUUACAUUUUUUUAAAAAUUUACCUAUUAUUAAAGACUUUAUUUUUUAA